CUCGAGCGCUCGCGAGCGAGCCAGAGUCCGGGUGCGGGCGGGUGCGAUUUCGCAGGUGCCGGACAGGAGCCCACCACAGCGCCCCCGCUUCCCCCCCCCCGGGUGGCGCUGCAGCCUGGCCUCUGGGAGCUUGGCCGCCGCCCUGGGCGAGGCGACUGGACGGAAUGGACGAGGACGAAGCCGAGCGGAACGAGCUGCUCCAGGACAUCUUCCAGAAGCUCGAUCGGAACCACAACGGGAGUCUCGGUUUCGACGAGCUGCUGAAGCUCUGCAGAUGCCGCGACGCAGCGGACGAGCGCGCAUUCCACGGCAUCUGGGACUCCGUCUGCAGGGAGUACGGUGCGCCCGGGAGGGGCCUGAAUUUCGAGCAGUUCCUUCGGUACACCAGCGAGGAGAGCAGCAGUGGACACUGCUUCACAGAAGACCUGCCCGCGAUCAGCAGGGCCAUCGAGGAGCAGCUGAGCCAGGAGUUGCAGGACAUGAGACGGGGAGAGCUCGACCGAGACUGCAUAAUCGCAGGCUGGCUUCACAAGCGUGGUCCCAACGCUGACUACGCUUGGAUGCGUCGCUACUGCCGGCUCAGGCCUGGCAUCCUGGAGUAUUUUGAGGAUGGUACGGGCGAGACCAAGAAGGGCGACGUAGAGCUCGGACCCAGCAGCGUUGCGAUAGAGAUGAGGAAUCCAAAGGCGCCCGGCGAUGCUGCCAAGCACAAAGACCGGAAGUGCGGGUUCGUGCUGGACCCGGAUCCGCAGGGCGGGGCAAAGCGUCGCUUGUUUUACUUCGACGCGGCCGCCGCCCCGGACGGUCUCGAGAGCGAGGCCAGCGAGAGCUACCUGAGGGCUUGGAUCCAGGGCGUGAAGACCGCAGCCGGGGGGGUGUCGGGCCAGUCGGGCGCCGUCGGGGAGUGGACCUUCCUGGUGCUUCGCGACGCGAAGGUGUACAAGGAAUCCUGCAGCUCGCGGGGCCCGACCGGCCUGCGCCUCACCGCGGGCUCCAUACAGACCAUCGUCGAGCGCGCCGCCAACGGCCCCGUCACGUGGCUGCGCCUGGCCGAGGGCCAGGGCUGGGUGGAGGAGAGGAGCCACCAGACCCUGCAGCUGUCCGAGGUGUUCGAGGAGGAGCUCCCUCACCGCGAUGACGGGCUGCCCUUUGUCAUCCAGCCGAGCCGGAAGUUCCCCGUUGCGCUGCAGCCUUACGUCUUCCUGCCCGCUGGGGCCCAGGAGAAGUCCAAUCAGGGCAUAUCCUUCGGUAGCGUCGACGUCCACGCGGGGGCUAUCGUGAAAGUCCUGACGAAGGCCAGGGUGCUGAUGCCAGUGCCGAAGUCGACGUCGGAAGAGUGGAUGCAGUUUCUCAGAAUUAUGGACGAGGCAGGCCACGAGGGUUGGAUCAGGUACCACUCGCCCUCCAAGGAGGAGAACGUCGUGACGUGUCAAAUCGCAUCGACUGGCUCCGACACGGCGCAGAGUUGGGUAUCUGUCCUCCCGCGCAAGGAGCCCCUUCCAAUUUACGGCCUACCUGGACGAUCGAACGUCUCCGCUCAGAUCUUGCACUCGGGGGAGAUGGCAGAGGUCAAGCAGAAGCUCUCAACGGGCGACCUGAAUUUCUUCCAGCUCGCCAAAGGUGGCUGGAUCUGCGAGACGGACGAGAAGGGGAAACAGGCGCUCGAUGUUCUCGAGCGUGAGCCCCACGAGUGGAUCUAUGUCUGCCAGGACAAGGACGGCGCGGCGAUCAAGAAACACCCCACCCGCUGCAAGCAGAGCGGCACGGGCCAGUAUCUCAAGCACAGGGCCCGGGGGAUGGUGUCGGAGAAGAUCACGUUCACCAACGGCGACGUCUUCCUGAAGCUCAAGCCCCCCUCGCACGAGGGGUGGAUCCCCCUCGCCAAGAAGGACGGGCAGCCGAAGAUGAAGGCCCUGCAGGCCCUCGCCCCCAAGGCAGGAGGAGCCCAGGCGCCCCAGAUGGGGCCGCCGAUGCAGCCCAUGCGGCCGCAGCCGCAGGUGAUGGUCUUCAGCGCGCCCCCGUGCAGCAUGGGCCCGGCUGGCGGCAUGAUGGGCCCGGCCGGCGGCAUGAUGGGGCCGAUGGGCGGCGCGGCCCCGGGCGGCAUGCUGGGGCCAAGCACGGGCCCGCCAGCAGGCGGCAUGGGCAUGCAGAGCGGCAUGGGCAUGGGCGGCAUGGGCAUGGGCCCGCCGGCAGGCGGCACCGCCAGCGGGCCAGGGCCGCUCCGAGUCCGCCCGACCCGAUUCCGUCUCGCGGGAGCCCCGCGGGCUUCCCCCGGCCGUUUUUCCUCCCAGUCGGGCACCACACACUUCUCGGAGACAGCAUCCCAGGGCGCCCUCGAGUGCGUGACGUUUCUCGCGCCCCGCGCUUCGCGGCUCGGCCCCGAUUCCUCCUCGUCCUCCUCUUCUCCCCUGGGGGGCAGCGCGGGAGCGCGAAGUUGCUCGCGCUGCGCGCUGCGCGCAGCGCGAAGCGCGACGUGAGGCGUCCUUGGGGCAGCAUCCUGACCAAGUCCAUGAGUGGCGUCCAGCCGUGGCCACCCGCCGCCCUCUCCCCGC